UACAUCCACCCCAACAACUACUGCAACUACAACCCCCAUACCGACUACUACAUCAACACCUACAGAGCCAACUACAACUACAGAGCCAACAACCACUACAACUACAGAGCCCACAACAACUACAACUACAGAGCCCACAACAACUACAACUACAGAGCCAACAACAACUUCAACUACAGAGCCAACAACUACAACUACAGAGCCCACAAGAACUACAACAGAGCCCACAACAACUACAGAGCAAACAACAACUACAACUACAGAACCAACUACAACUACAGAGCCAACAACUACAACCACAGAGCCAACAACUACAACUACAGAGCCAACAACUACAACCACAGAGCCAACAACAACUACAAUUACAGAGCCAACAAUCACAACUACAGAGCCAACAACCCAACUACAGAGACAACUACAACUACAGAGCCAACAACAACAACUACAGAGACAACAAUCACAACUACAGAGCCAACAACAACUACAACUACAGAGCCAACAACAACUACAACUACAGAGCCAACAACAACUACAACUACAGAGCCAACUACUACAACUACAGAGCCAACAACAACUACAACUACAGAGCCAACUACUACAACUACAGAGCCAACUACUACAACUACAGAGCCAACAACUACUACAACUACAGAGCCAACUACUACAACAAAUACAGAGCCAACAACAACUACAACUACAGAGCCAACUACUACAACUACAGAGCCAAAAACAACUACAACUACAGAGCCAACAACAACUACAACUACAGAGCCAACAACUACAACCACAGAGCCAACAACUAUAACCACAGAGCCAACUACAACUACAGAGCCAACAACAACUACAGAGCCAACAACUACAACCACCACAACUACAGAGCCAACAACAACUACAACUACAGAGCCAACAACAACUACAACAACAGAGCCAACAACUACAACUACAGAGCAAACAACAACUACAACUACAGAGCCAAAAACUACAACUACAGAGCAAACAACAACAGAGCCAACAACUACAACUACAGAGCAAACAACAACUACAACUACAGAGCCAACAACUACAACUACAGAGCCAACAAUCACAACUACAGAGCCAACAACAACUACAACUACAGAGCCAACAACUACAACUACAGAGCCAACAACUACAACCACAGAGCCAACAACAACUACAGAGCCAACAACUACAACCACAGAGCCAACAACCACUACAACUACAGAGCCAACAACUACAACCACAACAACAACUACAACAGAGCCAACAACAACUACAACUACAGAGCCA